AUGUCUACCUGGGCUGAACAAGAUAUCCGGCUGGACCCCGCCAUCCGAAACUGGGUCCUACUACCGAUUACAUUUGUGAUGUUACUAGUCGGAAUUCUACGCCACUAUGCGAUGCAACUGCUGCACACGGAUCCGAAGCCACUCGGCCUGCGGCAGCUACGCGAACAACGGGCAUUGAUGCGCUCUGCAUGUUUCAGGAACAACUGCAACUUUCUAUCGCCUGCACGCUUCGAAGAGCGCCGGAACCGACUGAUCGACGCUUUUGCAGAGGGCCAUUACUUGAGCGACAGCAGCGGCACCAACUCGAAGACGGGAACCGAUGGCACGCUGAAAACUGCCGGGAAUAACAACGAGCUUCCUGCUAAUCCUCCCAACCCUCUCGAUCCUGCAAACAUGGAAGGAAUGAUGGAUGGGAUGAAAAAGCAGAUGGUGAUGAUGAUCCCACAGACUGUGAUCAUGGGUUGGAUCAACGCUUUCUUUUUCGGUUUUGUUUGUGUUAAACUACCAUUCCCAUUACCCAAUGGAUUCAAGCAGAUGCUCCAACGAGGAAUUGAAACCCGAGACAUGGAUAUCAGUUGGGUCUCGUCACUAUCGUGGUACUUUCUCAACCUGUUCGGGCUCAACUCUCUGUACAGACUCAUCUUGGGAGACGGCAACGCGGCCGAUGGUACGGCUUCUUUAGCGAUGGGAGGAGCAUCGAAUAUGGGGGCAGUGAUGCCAGGACAACAGAUGGACUACAAGAAACUCUUUCAGACCGAGAUCGAGAACCUCAAGCUGAUCGACCAUCAGUACGUCUGUGACCCGAUCCCCAAUCUGCAGUUGGACGACAUCGAGAGUAGGGUCUUGCAAAUGUACCAAAACUGA